CAGGAGUGUUGUACGAGGGUUUUGUUUGUUUUGUACCAUAUGAGUCUGCACAAACCAAGAGCUUCAAAGCAAAAGGAAAGCAGCCAGAUUCUGAGUUUUGAGUGACACCCCCAAAACUGAUUUUUGUGCUGCAAAUCUGUAAACUGGAGUGCAUCAUUUUAAAGGUCUGUGAAGCUCCAUGAACGUAUCACUACACCCAGGCUGAGAUUAGGAUUGCAGUGAAAUCUGAAACCCAGAUGUGAAAACCUCAGUUUCCUGUCGACGUUGCUCUUCUCUGAAGCCACGCUGAAAUGGUGUGUCUGGGUUGAUCAGAAGUGUUGGCUUCCUUUACAAAGAACUUGCAGCAAUCACUAAAACAACUAUGGAAAAUGUUAAUGUAACACCAAGUGAUGAAGAUGGAGAAAAGGUGGCCUCCCUGUGUGUUGUAUUUGUUCAUCCUAACACAUCGUGUUGCUGGCCAGCUUGAAGGCACCGUGAUAAACACAGAAGCAGUCCGUGCUUUCCCUGGCAGUGAUGUGACUCUGGAAUGCAGCAUCCUGAGCACAGAUGGGAUCCACGUGACACAAACACAAUGGUCAAAGAUCGAUGAUACGCCACCCAGUAGAAUAGCUGUAUAUCACCCUAUGUAUGGCAUUAGAUACUUACCUUUUUCGAAGACUUCUUAUAACUAUUCAGUGGCUUUCAAUAAGACUCCCCGCCAUUGCUGGGUAGAUGUUAACAAGACUUGGAGUUCCCAUGAUGCCGGAGCAAACCAGGUGGAAUGCCAACAGUGGAGUCUACAUUUGCGUAAUGUUAGUCUCUCACUCAGUGGGCAGUAUGAAUGUAGCUUUGCUACCUACCCAUAUGGGACAAAGGCUGCGGAAAUUAAUCUUACUAUCAAGGCAGAAAAUGAGAAGCACUAUGGGGUCGUGGAAAUGCUAUUUAACGAAACAUUGGAAAUUCCAUGCCUUGAGAACAUGACUUCUGUAAAUUUGUCCAAGUAUCCUUUGAAAUGGCUAAUGGGGGAAAAUGGACGUGAAGAAACAACUCUUAUAAUCAAAGAGUUCUACCACCAGGAUGUGAAUAAGACUGAUAGCCUGUUGUAUAAGGAAAGAAUUCAGCUAGGUCCAGACAAUGCACUAAAGAUUUCCCCAAUCAAAAUUGUUGACGAUGGCAAGGUGUUCUCUUGCCGUGUGAUGUACCAUCCUGAAAGAAUCCUGACGAACAUCACCAAAGUGAAAGUAUUUGCCAAACCGGAAAUCUCCAUUACCCUCCAAAAUAGUUCCAGUGGCAACGUUGGGGAGGCUAGUCUUACCUGUAUUGUAAGGAAGGCAUUUCCCAAGCCGAGCCUCACAUGGUAUGUGGAUGGAGAGAUUCUUAAAGACCAAUUUGGAGGAAUAUCUAUUGAAGCUGAAAAUCUACAAGAUGGUGAAGGUUUCUAUGAAUUGAGAUCAAUACUGAAGAUACAAAGUACAAACCAGUCAGACACUAAUCAGACUUUCUGGUGUACGUGUAGUUUUCCCUUCCGAGGGAAUAAAACAUGGAAUAUUUCAUCUGGAGAAAUAGUAAUUUCUUCUGGCCAUGUAUAUAACAAAGUGCCAUUUCCAGCUUUUACAACCACAGCUACAAAAGAUCCUGGAAUUUCAACAUUUCCAUCAACAAUCAUGGCUACCACAGGACUUCAAACUACAUCUUCAACUUCCCUAGACUUCACAAGCCCAGUAACCUCUGAAUCUGUUUCCACUGCACAAAGCCAGUUUGAUUCUGCCACCCAUACACAAGGUUAUACCAACACCAUAGCCUACAGUGAGAAUGAAACAUCACAGCGACUGAGUGACCCUACUACUGCAGCCCAACAGAGCAACGUGAAUACAACCCUCUCCAGGGAGAAUGUAACCUUGCCACACCGGAAUCUGUCCUCCAGCACAAUGGUUGAUCCAGCUUUAUUUACUAAACUUGAUCGUUUAUCAACUACAAGGAAAUUGAUUAAUGGUACUGGCCUGGUGGGGAAUGCAGAGAAUACUCGCUUCUCCUGGCCUGCGGUUGUAGCAGUCUUGCUUCUGUUUUGUUCUUUUCUAAUCAUUUUAGGAAUCAGAAAAUGGUGUCAGUACCAAAAAGAAAUUAUGAACAGACCUCCAUCUUUCAAGCCACCACCACCUCCAAUAAAGUACACAACCAUGCUAGAAUCUGAUGGAACUAACCCAUCCUGCCAUGAACUGGAAACUUUGUAAUGUUUCUUGAUGUACUGAAGAAUAUUAUAUCUUGUAACUGAGUAAGCCUUUUAAAAUGCAGAUUGCUGGAGUUUAGUCUGAAUGACCCAUAUUCAGAGUCAAACUUCUUAAACUGACAAGGUCAGAAGCAAAGCACUCCUGAGUAUGCUUUCUCAUCCAUUUAGAUAUGCAUUCAUCUGACAGACUGAAGUCUAACUGCAGCACAUUAGAGAUUACAGGUGCUCAGCUUGGAUUGGAUGAUCAGAUGGGAAUUUGCUGUCUUAAUAAUGGGAGUGGAUUAGUGCAUGUGUCACUUCAUUAAUCUGCCUAGAAAAAAACGUUGAAGCAUUUUAUUUUAGUAUGCCUAUAAUUAUGAGCACUUUAAGCAUAUGGCAGACAUAAUUACUCCACAGUCUUGGUGAUAAUUUUGGAAGCUUUCUGACACAUGUGUGAACAGGGUUUUUUUAAACUAUAAUCUUUCUUACUAUACAAAUACUGAUAUACAGUGAGGUUAGUCAAUGCUAAACCUAAAGAGCAGAAACAUUCAUUGUAGGACGAUAGUCCACAUAUAUCAUCACUGACCUCCAAUGUGGACUCACUUGAAAAGGCUGAUGUGAGAGGAGGCUGCUGUUUCCUUCUCACAUGAUCUGCUGCGAAGACCUGCUGCAUAUAUUGAAACUGCCAGACCAAGGAGAGGUCAGGCUAUCUAGCGAGCCAUCUUGAAAUGGAAGACCUAAGGACUGAAAUGCAUAACAAUCCAAGGGGAUGAUAAUAGAAACGGUGACUGCUUCCAGGGACGAUAGCUAUUGAAAAUAACAAUUGUUCAAAGAUAAAAAUAUUUUCUGAAGUAUAUUUAUGUAUCAAAUAUAUUGAUCUCAGUAGAGAAAAAAGGAACACAGUUCUUCAUUUUUCACUCCUCAGUUGUAAAUGUGAGCAGGGAGAAUCCUGCUGGGAACUGGUUUAAUUCGUUGUAUUUGCUAAAUAUCUUUUAAUAUUGCAAACAAUUUUCAGACAUGUAUGAAGUCAGGCUUCAACUGGAAGCAGUACAAUUAAUGAAAGGAAAUGCCAUCAUGAUAAAGUGUGUGUUUCACAAGGAGCCAAAUUCAGACAUGGUAAAGUUGAAAAUGAUGUGCUGGUUUAGAUAUGCAGCACUUUCUACAAUAGAAGUGGAAGAUGAGUGUCAUGGAGUUUACAAAUGCUAUUGUAUUCCUCAUAGCUUUAAAUGAAUGAGUUAUGUGCUAGGAAAAAGAAAUUAAGAAACUGUUCCCUCUAAAAUAUGGGACAGAAGAGUAUGCUAUGCUGUUUGUCCGUUUUUAGUUAAAUAUCUGAGGUUUAUAGCAAGCACUUUUCUUCAUAAAGAACUUAACACGCUUCACAUGCACAGAAUACGGAUCAGCUUUUCCAUACUAAAAUGCAUCUAAAUCUAGUGUAAAACAUAGCAGAUGAUUAACUGCACAGAACCAUUUACAUAACGUUCAAGACAAAAAAUGAAGAAAAAUGUCAUCCACUUAAAACUCAUGGGAAAAUAUAGAAAGGCAAAUAAUACCCACGUUGGAAUGCAGUUGGGAUGCUGCUGCAAGCUUAGUUAAAAAAUUAGCAAGGAAUCUUCAAUGACUGCAAGUGGUCACUACCUUGGUUUUAAUAAAUGAUCCAAAAGAUGUUACCUCCAGGGCUUAGAGGAAAGAAUACCACCUUUGUAACUAACUUCAUUUCUGGCACCUCCCUGGGUUUUCCUUGGAUGUUUUUGACCCAAGGCUAACUAUUACAGGGUUUUCCAGAGCACCCUUCACUACCAUAUAGAAGAGCUUCUCUGUGACAUAAAUCUGCCCAGCAAUAUCCGUGCUGGACUUCAUGCAGGCUUCUGCUCUUUUCCCCUCCCUGGUUAAAGGAAGUUCUGCUUGAGGAGUGAUUGUAGUUUUGAUCAUCAUUUUGCCGGCUUCCUCAAAGACUUGGGAUCUUGUUGUCUGCCUUGAAAAUGGUCAGACUCUGGUUUAGACAAUCCUUUCAUGUAGCUGUUUCAAUAGCCAAACUCCCUAAGCCAAGGAUGCUCUGCCUUCGGCUCCCAGGAACUUUGUCCUGAGCACUGUGAGCUACCUUUCCCCAAGGAUGCAAGUGCCUGGGCAAGUCAUGGAGGAAGACUUGGAUGCUUCUCUCUCUGGGAAGAAGAAAAUGGAAUUACCACAGGUUGACACCAGUGUCAGAACCCAGUCCCAUGAGUUCAUUGUAAUCCUAAGGCUUUCUGAAACUUAAUAUGUAUUUUCCUAUUUUUUCCCUUUUCAUUAUCUAUUUUAUUUUCAAGACUCAUUAUUCAGCCACCCAGAGAGAAAAAUGAAUGCCAUCACAAAUUGAUAAGUCCAUUUAUGUGCAUAUACCUAUGACCAUGGUGUCUUUUCCCAUAGAGUUCCUGCCCUCAUAAUAUGAGGUGGUCUGUGUCACAUCUUGUAUUUCACCCUGUACAGCUUUUUAUUUUAUUUUAUUUUUUUUUUACUUGAAGUUGUAAAAGAAAUAUUAUGUGGGUGUAAUGCCCUGUUAUCACCAGAAGAUGGCUCCACAGCUGUAAAUUUAAUUCUCUGGUUACUAAAGUCAUAACAAUAAAAUGAACAUCCUUACUACAUUUUUGUUGGCCACAGGUGAAAUAAUUAUUGAAAAGGUAUUGAUGAGUAUUAAAAACAUUUGAUACAAAAUUUCCUUCAAAAACAGAUUAAUUAAUGAGUAUGAAACUCAUAAGCU